AUGAACAUCAGCAACACAACACAUUGCCCUCCAGAAGUCCAGCCUGUCUGCCUCGCUGUCGUCCUCUGCGUGGUCUACAUGAUUGGACUCAUCCUUAAUGGCUUUAGCCUGUGGGUCUUCGUCAUCCGGAUUUCCAGAUGGAGUGCCGGCACGGUUUUGCAGUUUAAUUUAGCAAUAAGUGAUGCAAUUGCCUGUCCUGCCACCGCACUCAUGGCUGCUUACUUUGCCAGGGGAAACAACUGGGAGUUUGGCCGCUUUCUGUGUGAUUUGAAGAUAGCUCUGUUUGCUGCUCACUUCUACGGUAGCAUCACUUUCCUCACCUUAAUCAGCAUAUAUCGGUAUGUUGUAGUAGUUCACUUCAGGCGAGCUUCUCCUAUGAAAAGCAAAAGUUUUGUGAAGAAACUUUGUCUUGGAGUGUGGGGGAUUUUGCUGCUGAAUGCCCUUGUCUAUGGGUUUCUGCUUCCUGUUACUACUGAGGAUGGGCACAAGCAAUGUCUUUCCAUUCAUCAAAAUGAGCUUAUUGAUGUGUACCUCAUCAUUAACUUUGUACUUUUGAUUUUCGGGUUUCUUUUGCCUUUUGCUGUAGCCCUGGUUUGCUACAGCUGUCUGGCUCGAUCUGUAACCCGUAUCAGCGUGAACUCUCAGCAUGGUCAGUCAAUCAAGAUAAAAUCACUGAGGAUGAUCGGAAUAUGUCUGAUUAUUUUUGGACUUUGCUUCCUGCCACUUAAUGCCGCAAGGACUGUUGGAGUAGUGGUUAAGAAGUUCUACCCUGGACACUGCAAGCUUCUGUUAGGAGCAGAAACAGCGUAUUAUAUAUCCUACAUAGUGGCGGGAAUUAACUGCUGCUUGGACCCUUUAAUUUAUUUCUUCGGCUCACGUGAAUUUAAUAGAGCUUUUAAAAGAUCUUUGAAACAGAUAACUGGUCAACAGGAAAGAGAAAACAACAGUGAAUCAGAAACGGCGAGCUGCACUAUAAAUAAAAAUGCUGUCUAUACAAUUUCCACUUCAAUCUGA